AUGGCAGAGGGCACUCUAGCACUAAGCAUCCCUGGCUGGUUCCUGACCGGCGUGACCUACUUCAAGCUGGUCCGGUGCGCGGGUGACUUCAAGGAAGACUUCGCUCUUCUAUGGCUCAAGUUCGAAAGUGUUCAGCUACGUUUCACUCGCUGGGGCCUUGCAGCGAGAAUUCCGGCAGCACCAGUUACGGAAGUCAGUACCAAGCAGUGGGCGGACGAAUUCGUCACGAAGUACUCCCCGGAACAGGUCAAAUGGGCCGAGUCCGUCUUGAGGCGUGUCACCAAAGCUUUCAAGCGUGUCUAUGACAAAGUGGAUGAUGACACCGAAGAGAUCGCUCUCCAGACCAAGGGACUCGCACUCGCGCUGGAAGAAGUCAAUGAAGAAGAGGCCCUGGACAGAACCCCAAAGCUUGCGGCUGUGCACAGAUUCUUCAAGAAGGCAAGCGAAAAGGGUCACAAAUUUGUUGACUCUGGAAGGCUUCUUAAGGAUCGGACGAAGUGGGCAUUGCAUAAGAAAGAUUACCUGGUUCAGCUUGUGAACUUGAUCGCGGAUCUCGUUCUAGAGCUCGAAACGCAAUUUCCGGACAUUGCUGAAGAAGCAAAGAAAUUGGCUGCAGCAGAGGUUCAGGAAGCUGCAGGCGUCUCAGAACCACGGGAAGAAGUACUAAAUGGCGUUGCUCAGGUCUCAGAAGGCACUGAUCCUGCGCUGACUGAAGCCAUCAAAGCUGUCGUUCGGACCACAAUCAGCUUUGACUUCAGUGGACUGGGGCUCUCAGAAAAGGCUGUUGGGCACUAUGGCGCCAACUUCGACAGAGUUCCAGAGGGCGCAAACAUUACACUCACGGCUCGUGAUAUCAACGCUGGCGGCGAUACGAGGACUCAUAUUGGACACACUUUUGGGAACCAAGGUCGAGUGUUCGAUACUAAGCCUGGCGCAACUGCGGAGAAGUGA